GGCUACUGGUACAUGCUGUUAGAAGAACUCUGCCAGUAUUACCGUAUGUUUGUCCCCAUACCAGUUUGGUUCCGUUUUCUUAUUGGCUAUGGGAAGCUGGACAGUGUGCUAGGACGCAGCCUUGGGAUACUGCUGGGCCUUCUCUACCUCAUCCUCAAACUUUUGAGCUUUUAUGGACAACUGAGAAACUUCAGGCGGGUCUUACGGAUAUUUUGUACACGACCACACUAUGGGGUGACAGCGAGCAAGAGACAGUGUUCUGAAUCAGAUGAUAUUUGUUCAAUCUGCCAAGCUGAAUUUCAGAAGCCUAUUCUGCUUAUCUGUCAGCACACAUUUUGUGAAGAAUGCAUCUCUUUGUGGUUUAAUAGAGAAAAAACGUGUCCACUCUGCAGAACUGUUAUUUCAGACCAUGUUAACAAGUGGAAGGAUGGAGCUACAUCUAUGCAUCUACAGAUUUUCUGA